AAAUACUUUCAUACAUACAUAAAUAUAAAAAUAAAAGUUCGCAAUAAUUUUAUUUUAAUUUUUGCUUUGUUUUUUUUUUUUCAAAUAUUAGGUUAAGAUUUUUAAAAAAGGAAAAUACAAAACAAUUAAAAUAAUUCAAAUAAUUAUUAAAUAAAAUCAAAAAAAUAGGAAAAAAUUUUUUAAAUUUUUUAAAAUGACAGAAGAUAAAUUAAAUAAUUCUAACGGUAUAAAUGUUGCAACAACAGUAUCACCUAAUGAUACUGCAACAAGUAUACAAACACAAUCACCACGUAAUUAUCGUAAUGGAUAUAAAAAACAGACAAGCAUUUUAGAACCAGUUUAUAAAUUAGUUGGUAUAGAUGAUGAACCAACUGCAAAAGAAUUGGGGACUUUAAUUUUAUUAGGACUAGUUGUGAUUCUUUUUAUAAUUAGUGUUACUGGAUUUGUGAUAAUGUGGUUUACAGAAGUUUAUGAUAGUCAAUAUACAUCUAAAUUAAUAUUAUCAAAUGGAUCAAUAGCAGCACAAUAUUGGGCAGAUCCACCUGUAAGCCCACAUUUAAAAGUUCAUAUAUUUAAUUAUACAAAUAUUGAUGACUAUUUAAAUGGAAGAGCUGAUAAAAUACAUGUUGAUGAUUUAGGACCAUACACAUAUAAUGAGCAUUGUACAAAAAAGAAUGUAGUUUUUAAUACAAAUUUUACAGUGACAUAUAAAGAUCAUAGAGAUUAUACUUUUCUUCCGGAUUUUUCAAAUGGUUUCGAAUGGGAUAAAAUUGUAACACCAAAUGUACCAUUAAUAACAGCUGCAUAUAAAGUUAAAUCAAUGAGUUAUUUUGAAAAAACAAUUAAAAUUACAGCAAUCAGAUCAGCAUCACGUAGCCCAUUUCAUGCUAAAAGUGCUGCCGAAAUAUUAUGGGGCUAUGCAGAUGAAAUAAUUAAAUUAAAGAAUAUGUUUGGAUCAUCAAGUCGCAAUACUUUUGGAAUGUUAAUGACUAGAAACGGUACUAGUCCAGAUACAUUUCAAAUAAAAACAGGAGAAGAUGGAUUACAAAAUUUAGCUGUUAUACAACAAUUUAAUGGUUUAACAAAAUUAAAUUAUUGGCGUACUAAUGAAUGUAAUAGAAUUGAUGGUACAGACGGAUCACAAUUUCCACCACACUUAAUGGAGAACAAAGAAAGAUUACAUGUAUUUUUACCAGCAUUCUGUCGUAAAAUUCCAUUAGAAUUUGAUGAAGAAAUUGAUAUAUUUCAUACAUUUGCAAAAGCAUGGCGCUAUAGAACUCCUUUAAAUGUUUUAUCAUAUGAUGAUGACAAUUCCGCAAAUCAAUGUUAUUGCAGUUUAGGAAAAUGUCCAUUGAGUGGUGUAUUUGAUGGUACAUUAUGUUAUGAUGAUGCUCCAAUAUUUCCCUCAUUUCCACAUUUCUUUUCUGGUGAUCCAAAAUUAUAUGAAAAAUUUGAAGGUAUUAAACCACAAAAGGAAUUACAUCAAACAUUUGCUGAUAUUCAUCCAAGAUUAGCAUUUCCAAUUGGUGGAGCAUCUAGAAUUCAAAUAAAUAUUCAAUUACAUAAACAAGAUUUAUUAGAUAGGGAAUUAAAACGUAUGGAUGAAGGUAUAAUUUUACCAAUAUUAUGGUUAGAAAUAACACAAGGUGAACUUAAUGAAGAAUUACAAACAUUAAUUUUCCAUAGUACAUUUAGUGCAAAUGCCAUACAAUAUGCAUUAAAAUAUGGUACAUUAUUAAUUUGUGUUACAACAUUGGCAUUACUUGUUGCUGGAGUAUAUUAUUUGGGAAAAUUCCGUGAAAAAAAUUUAAAAAGACGAAAUUUAACAGUUUCUAAUAAUGAAAUGAAAUCUCUUAAAAAGAGGAAAACAAAUGACACAAUAAAUACAGAAAUUCCUCUUAGUAUUUAAGAAUAAGGUUUUGAAAAUAAAAAUAAAUUGUAUUUUUAUAUAUUGUUAAAGUUAUACUGAUAGGUGCUGAUAGUGUAAAAGAAAUUUUUUUUAAGUUAUAUGAAACCGGGAAACUAAUUUGUAAUUUGAAAAAUUUAAAACUUAAAUUAGAAAAUAUUAAAAUACUGUAGGGUUUCGUAUAAAGAUUUGUUAGUAAAUAAAAUAUAAACACAGUAAAAUAAAUACUCAAUAAUAAAGAACUCGCAUAUAAAAAUUGCGAAUUAAGAAAUGAAUCUGAUAAUUUUUAAGAAAAAUAAAAUAGCAGAAGAAAAAAUAAAAAAAUAUAGGCAAGAAAAAGUAAAUUCAGAGAAUAAUUUUAAUUUUUUAAGAAUAAUUAAUUAUAAUUGAUUAAAAGAAGGAA